AAGUGUCGUGUUUGCGUUAAGUUAGUAUAGAGCAAUAACCAAGGUUUGAUGGUGCUUAUAAUAAUUGAAGGAUAAAAAAAUUUCUUUUGAUCAUCAUAUUGAGUGCUGUUUUAAUUUGUGAUACGCUGAGAUGAGACUUGCCUGCGAUAAUACAGACCAUAACGUAUACGCAUUGAGAUAGUGAACUAGUGUCUAUUAAUUGUCUACUGUCAGUACUCCAUGGACUAGUGUAACGAUACGAUAUCAUCAACAGUUAUAUGAUUAUACUAAUCAAAUUAGAAAAAAUGCUAUAUCAAUGGAAUAAAAAAAACAAUUAGCUGCGGUUCUGUAUCAUCGUCAGUUUGAGAUGAACAACAAGAUGGAAACGCAUGAAAACUUUGUGAUCGAUGGUAACACCACAUCAUCUAACGAAAAUCGGGGGUUUGUCAUCAGUAGAAUGACGCUGGUGACAACGGUGGCAAUAUUUACUUGUUUGCUGCUGGGCUCUGGACUGCUCAUAUAUCACUUAGCCGGUUGCCAAGAAGUGCCGGUCCAUGCCAGCAUAAGUGAUCAUCAUUACCACUUUGCGUCCAAUUACACGCGAUUACAUCUCGUCACAAGCAGUUCGCCUGCACUAACGGAUUCUACAACUACUGGACCAACGACGAUACGAGUGUCUACAACCGAAACCUAUCGUAAUGAUUCCGAUUUAUCCGGGUCUCAAUCGAAUGCAACCGAUGGCCAAUCAGUUCAGCUGAAAGAUGACAGCGUACGAUUACCACGAUCAAUCGAACCGAUUGCGUAUGACAUACAAUUAAUACCAUUCAUAGUAGAAGACAACUUUACUUUUUCUGGUGUAGUUGAAAUAGAUAUACUGGUUAGAGAGAAAUGUGAUAACAUUACCCUACAUGCGGUUGCUUUGCAAAUACACGAAGCUAGUAUUCAGUGGAGCAUGAAACCCAUCGAUGAUGCGUUUGCUUAUAGCGAUACCGGUACUAAUGACAAUCGCUACACAAGCCGAUUUAGGACCAGCAGGGAAUCAACAGGCGACAAUAGUGUACGUGAUAAGGAUGAUGAGGAACAUGAGCCUGAAAAUGCAGCAGAAAUUGAAAUAUCUGAACAGUUUUUCAUUGAAAGUAAACAAUUUCUCGUGCUUAAACUAAACCAAUUUUUACAAGUGAAUGAACGUUAUACUAUGCGAAUAAAAUUCGGUGGUGUUCUUAACGAUUACUUACAAGGCUUCUAUCGGAGCUCGUACACAGCUAAGGGCGAAACAAGAUGGCUCGCUACGACACAAUUUCAACCUACGGAUGCUCGGCGUGCAUUUCCCUGUUUCGACGAACCUGCUUUAAAGGCACGCUUCAGCAUCAGUUUGGCCCGCCUGCGAAACAUGAGUACAUUGUCUAAUAUGCCAAAAAUCAAAUCAUAUUCCGCAAGCGAAGAAGGAUUGGAAGACUACGUUUGGGAUGUGUAUCAACAGUCCGUUCCAAUGUCUACCUACCUCGUCGCAUUUGUAGUAUGCGAUUUUGUUAAUUUAACAUCGAACAACUUCGCUGUUUGGGCUCGAUCGGAUGCCAUAACUUCAGCUCGCUAUGCUCUUGAAGUAGGUCCCAAGAUUCUCAAGUAUCUAGAGCAAUUUUUUGACAUCAAGUAUCCGCUGCCAAAAAUGGAUAUGAUUGCGCUACCAGAUUUUAGUGCUGGCGCCAUGGAAAACUGGGGUCUUAUAACAUAUCGCGAAACAGCAAUGCUGUACGAAGAGAAUGUGUCAGCUAAUAGCAACAAGCAACGAGUUGUUACAGUGGUGGCUCAUGAGCUAGCUCAUCAAUGGUUUGGAAAUUUAGUAACUCCCACUUGGUGGACAGAUCUGUGGCUAAAUGAAGGUUUUGCCAGCUAUAUGGAGUAUUUGGGUGUUGAUGCAGUUGAACCGGCGUGGAAAUCUAUGGAACAAUUCGUAGUGAAUGAAUUGCAUAAUGUGUUCUCAUUGGACGCAUUAUCAUCAUCACAUCAAAUUUCUGUAGAGGUGCACAAUCCGGAAGAAAUCAAUGAAAUUUUCGAUAAAAUAUCCUAUGGUAAAGGUGCAGCAGUCAUUCGAAUGAUGGAUCACUUUUUGACAGCUGAAGUAUUCAAAAAGGGGCUGACUAAUUACCUAAAUCAAAAAAUUUAUCAGAGUGCCGACCAGGACGACCUUUGGAUGUUUUUAACGGAAGAAGCAAGAAGUCAAAAAAUAUUUGAUGAUUUAACAACUGUUAAGGAAAUUAUGGAUACUUGGACACUGCAAACCGGGUUUCCGUUGGUAACGGUCACUCGAGAUUAUUCUAAUAAAAAUAUCGAAUUUACGCAGGAAAGAUUCAGAUUCAUUGAAUUUGCCGAAAGCGCGGUCAUCAAAAAUAAUGAAAAGCCGCUUUGGUGGAUUCCGAUUACGUACACCACUCUCGGUGAAAGUAAUUUCAAUAAUACUAAACCAAGUAUUUGGAUGAAAGCCGAGGACAAACUCGUGUUACACGAUUCGGAUAUUCCUGAUCAUGACUGGAUUAUUGUAAACAUUCAGCAAACAGGGUAUUAUCGCGUUAACUAUGACCAGCUGAAUUGGCAAAUGAUAUCGAAUCAUUUAAUGGAUCGACGAAAGUACAGCUCAAUUACACCGUCGAAUAGGGCUCAACUAAUUGAUGACGCACUGAAUCUUGCUCGUGCUGGAUACUUAAACUACAGUAUUUCCUUAAAUGUUACCAGAUACCUAGUGCACGAAACAGAAUAUGUACCGUGGAAAGCCGCAAUCGGAGCUUUAAAUUUCAUUGAUUCGAUGUUAAUAAAAACAAGCAGUUACGACAAAUUUAAAAAAUAUUCCCUUCACGUCCUUAAACCUAUCUUUGCGAAAGUAGGUUUCGAUGAUCCAAAAGAUAGUCCACUAUUAACGGUGUAUAAAAGAGUUGACGUAUUGACAGCAACUUGCCAUCUGGGGUACAGAGAAUGUGUGAGCAAGAGCGUCCAGAAGUUUUAUGAGUGGAUGCACGAAACGCAUCCUGACAUCAACAAUCCGAUAUCUCCUAAUCUAAAGAACAUCGUUUAUUGUACUGCUAUCAAAUAUGGUGAUCAGGCUGAAUGGGAGUUUGCAUGGGAAAGAUUUCGAAAAACGACAGUAUCCAGCGAGAAAGAAACGCUUUUAUCCGCUCUGGGAUGCUCUAGAGAAACAUGGAUUCUAACCAGAUUUCUAGAAUAUUCAAUGACUGACGAAUUCGGAAUUCGUAAACAAGAUGUGUUCAGAGUAUUCCUAGCUAUAUCGAAUAACGUGAUUGGACAGCCAAUCGCAUUCAGUUACAUCCGGAAUAACUGGAAAAAGAUGAAAGAAUAUCUCGGAACAUCUAUGUCUAAUCUUAAUAUGAUUCUAAAAUACUCGACUAAACGUUUUAAUACGCAGUAUGAGCUUGACGAGUUGAAGGAAUUUGCCAAAACACAUCUAACGGAUACAAGCAGAAUUAUACAGCAGGCUAUCGAAGGGGCGGAAGCAAAUAUAGCAUGGAUGGAAACUAACGUAGCCACUAUUAUCGAAUGGCUCAACCAAGUAACUUACGACACUGACGUUGAUGUGUAAUUUUUCCUGACAUUGCUGCGUGCAAGCUUAACAGUACAAAUAAUAUGAAUUUGUGCUGCUAAAAUUAUGAUCAUUUUAAUAUAAGUGUUUUUUUUAAUAUAUCUGGUUUAAGAGAGAAAAAAAGAAAAUUCAACAUUACUCUGUAAAGCGCAAAUCAAGCGUAAUAGCAUGUGAUGUUUUUGUAUAGUGAAUCAGCAAUGUAGAAGGUAUGGUUGAAAUAGUAUAUGCAAACUAAGACUGUAAAUACCUGUAUAUUCUAGUUAUAUUUUGAUAAAUCACUUCUCGCCAUAUUUUAGGUCCUAUAAAGUAUCAAAUUUAAUCUUAUCUUAAUAUAAUUUAGCUGCACAGUUGCUUGCAUAGUUUUUCUGUAAUAGUAAAGCGUAAUAUGAACCAUAAAUCAAAAGAGUUAAUAGCCCAAAACAACCGCUCCGAACUUGUAAAUUUCUUAUUCUUUAUUUACUUUACAAAAUUUUAAAUAUAGAAUAGAAUGCAGCAGAUCUUAGUCUUCUUUAACUUAUUCGCUUAUAUGGUUCACAAGUAUGUUCAGUUUAUUCCCGGUUGAAUAAACCACAAAUCGAAUUCACAUUUUAGUUAUUGGAAGCUACAUGUUUGAACGUAUAACUAUUGAAUCUUUUAGAUGGAAACAAAAUAUGUGCCAGUUUAACUUUAAUAAACACAGAAAUAAAACUGAAUUGUCAUCGCAAGGUAAGCAUGCGAUACGAAUGUACAAGAUGCGAUCCAAAAUAAACGAAAUUCCUAAUAGCGCAUUCUAGUGGGUACCACUUAGAAGGCGAUCUAAGUUGAUAGUCGAAAUGAUAAAAAUUGCCUAAUGCUACUGUCUUACCUGACAUACUGCGAAUAUACGUGUUAUUGCAACAAAAAGGUAAACUAUCCUUUUUUCGUUUAUAACGCAUAUGCAGCUAAUACCGAUAACAUACGAUUUUUUGUAAGUUGUGCUGUUGUUAUUGCAUUUAACUUGUAAAAAGUUACACAAAUAACAAUUUAGUUUCACAAUAAAAUUAUUGUGUACUACUGGCACUUGAAAUAUAACGUUAAAGUACGUUAUUUCAGUGAUCAAAAUUAACGAUAUUUUCGAUACAAGGGCGAUAUUUUUCGAAACCUUUCGAACCAACACGAACCUGCGAAUACAACGCAUAUUCGCAAUGAGUCAGGUAACACAGUAGAUCAAGCUAAGUAGGUACUUUUUUUUGUUUAGAUUAUAGUCAUUUAAUCAGUUUUGGGUCAUUCGUGACUUCUUUGAGGUUGGGAUUUGAACCCGGGUCCUCGGCGUGAGAGGCGUGAAUGCUAACCACUACGCCGGGACUGACCCCAAGCUAGGUACUGGUAAUCAAUGAGCAAAUUGCGAUUUUAAUAAUCAAACAUAACUAUCGAUCAAUCAGACGUAUGAUAAAUACCCUGUCCACGAUAAUUUAAUUUAAUAUAUCGCAUCAAAAACUUUGAAUUAUCUUAUCCAACUGAAUAAUGUUGUUGUUUUAUUUGAAAGGUUUCACACUUUUGUGCAUUCGCCUUUAAAUUCAAUAAUGUUUUUAAAAAAUCUUUGACAUAUUCAGGGAUAGUAUUAUUAGCUCAAAUCCUGCUAUGAGGCUAAAACUUACUGCAAUAAUCUUGUUUCAUUCAUUAAAUAGUUUUAGUAAGAUUUCGGUUAAUUUAUGAACAAAACUAAACAUUGUUUUACAUUCAUUUAUGUAUCGAACAAUACACCACUAUCACCGACAAAACCUUUAGGAUUCUUUAUUACAAUUUUGACAAAAGCGGUUUUCCAGACCUGAAUAAGUCCCGAUUACUUUGAAACGCAUCUUGUAUUUUUAUUUUUAAAACAGUACAAACAAACUUGUAGGAAGGAAGUAAUGAAAAAUAAACCUAAAGCCAAUAAUUUAAAUGUAAAAGAAAUUUAGAAUAAGGAUAGUGAUUAAGCAAUAAAACACACUAUUUAAAGACAUGUUCGAAGUCGAUAUUUGGAAAUUUCAGACAAAUUUCCAUACAACUGUAUGUUCAUCUUAAUGAGCGUUUAGUCUAAAAAAUAAAGCAAAAAACUCUGAACCAAAGGUAAAUAUCUGUUUCAGAAAUUUGAAAAACAAAAUAACCGUACCGUACAUACACUAGUUAGAUUUUUUACUAGAAAUUUUGCACAAAUGGUGGUAGAUGUUAAUAAUCGCCAAAUAUUUAGCAUCCCAAGGUUUUUCCAAGACCGAAGUAAUUGUUCAGUACUUAAGAGAUAAUAAUAUAAAAGAUA